AGGCUCCAUGGAACAUAUGCGUAAAAUGACUAGUUCAGUGGGGGCAGGGUCCAGGCUAAAUAGCCUAAUGAAUAACAAUAUGUAUAUAUUUAUAGAAUAUAGAAUGUGUAACCAAUUAACAAUUUUGGCAAAGAAUGUACCAUUUUUGGAUGGUUUCCAACACUUGGCGACGUGGGAUCCGUCAGUUCUCUGCGUUUCUCUGCGGUUGUUAAAGUGUAUUUCCGAGGUCGGCUGUAGACCCGGCCCUCUGUAUAUCACUGUAUUGACGUGUUGUUAGCAAAUGGGAGCAGAACGUCCGAUCCUUCGCACGAGGGGGUCAUUCUGACUACAGGGCCGAUCCUUCGCACGAGGGGGUCAUUCUGACUACAGUUGCCACUUGUUGCUAAACCCUUCAGGGCUUCAAUACUCGACCACCGCAAAUACAUUGAUAGCCUACACUUUAAUCCUACACGUGAAUCUAUUCUCUCCAAUAGAGACGCGGAUCUCGAUGUUGAAUCAAGAUUCAGGAAUACUCCCACAACUAACAUUGAAAGGAGAUACUUUGUCAACUGUUUGAUAUUUCGGUCUAAUCUGACGGGCGAAGCAUGGUUGACAAUACCAGUAUAGCAACUAAAUCUGCUUUGCAAGCAGCGUUCUCCUCGCCCAACAACCUCCCCCUGCUCGUCUCCUCUGCCUCCACACACAGCCACUUCCCCGGCUCACACUCACAGUCCCAACAGCCCAGCAGCGGAGGCAUGAAGCUAGAGGCGGUCAUGGAAAACCUCCAAAGACAGCAGGCUGCCCGCCUGGCGUUAGAAGAGAAGCUUCGUCAGGCAGAGAAAGAGAAGGAUCUCCGCUCCAUGGUCGAGUCCCAGAUACACCAACAAGCCCUCGCUUUCCACCACUACCAGGCAGCGGUCCGGGGCGCUUUCGCCGCGGGAGUAGCGAACUCUUCUCCCAGCUUGGCGAGAUCCGCUGAACCGGGACUGGCUGUCCAUCACAGUUUCGACGCCCGCAGGCACUCAGAGAGAGCCGACGACUCCGAUAUGGAUGAUGAUCCAGAGGGGAUGGACCGAUGCAUGAAUGAUGACGACCGGAAUCUGGAUGGAGAUGACAUGGACAACGAAGGAGUCGUGGAUGAUGAGGAUGAAGAGGACAUGGAGGGGGCUCUCAGCCACUACCAGCCCCACCACCCCAUGCGCCCCGGUGCGGGACACUCUCCGAAGGGCACCCCGGUGCAGUUCAUGUCUAUAAUUCCCCCCUCCUUCGUUGCGCCCCGGCAGUUGGAAUCCCCGGGCGGGAUGGCACCACAGUCUCAGAACCAUGAAUGGACUUACGAGGAGCAAUUCAAACAGUCAGGACAAGGCAGUGCACCAGAGAGGAAGCUGGGAAAUUCAAGUGUCGGUAUCGGUGGCGGCUCCUCGUCUCUGAUUCAGGAGUUGUACGAGUUGGAUAACGAUGACAAGAGGAAAGAGUUUCUUGAUGACCUCUUCAGUUUUAUGCAGAAGAGAGGGACUCCAGUGAAUCGUAUUCCUAUCAUGGCCAAGCAGGUGUUGGAUCUGUACACGCUCUACAAGCUGGUCACAGAAAAAGGCGGCUUAGUGGAGGUCAUCAAUAAGAAAAUAUGGCGUGAGAUCACCAAAGGCCUCAACCUCCCUACCUCCAUCACCAGCGCAGCGUUCACCCUGCGAACACAGUAUAUGAAGUACCUCUACCCUUACGAAUGUGAAAAGAGGGGCCUGAGCUCCCCCGGAGAGCUCCAGGCAGCUAUCGACAGUAACCGCCGCGAGGGACGUCGUCAGAGCUACGGGUCGGCCAUCUUUAACUACUCUCCAAUGGGGACAUCCUCCAUCGUCUCCUCCUCCAAGAUGAACAUCCCUCACCUGGCCAUGUCCACACUCAAUGGAGCACAUGUGACCCAGGGACACAACAUCAAGAAAGAGGAUGGUCUGAUGGCGGGUUGUCUGUCGGGUCGUGUGGGGGGGAUACCCAUGUCUCUGGGAGGUCACCCCCAAGCCCCGGCAGCUCAGGAGGCUGCAGGGCUACAGGCUGCAGCGUUGGAGCAGCUGAGGCAGAAGCUGGAGAGCGGGGAGCCGCCGGAGAAGAUGGGGAUGGCCGAGGAGCAACAGAGACUCAUGCAGCACGCGGUGCAGCAGAACCUCCUCGCCAUGGCAACACAGCUUCCCAUGAACAUCAAGAUCAACAACCGAGCUGAGCGGAUGAGAGAUGACAGACAAGAGACUCCAUUGAACCUGUCUACCAGCGGCAUUAGCAGCAUCAACAUGUCAAUAGAAAUAGAUGGAGUUGUCUACACAGGUGUUCUGUUUGCCAGGAAGCCCUCCCUCCCUACGAUGCUGGGCGGUCACCGGGUCCAGAACCAGAAUGACACCUUCUCUCAGGGAAAGACCAGUCCGGGGAUGAACUCCUCCUCCAUACAGAUCCAACCGUCCUGCUCCUCUUCCUCCUCCUCAUCCUCGGUCCACGGACAUGGAAACUCCUCCCCCUGAGCUGAGACCCACCCACAGCUCCACCCCCUAACCCCCCACCCCCAUCAUUCCCCAAAGACAACAAGCGGUCUGAGAUACCAGAAGAAAAUACUUCUAUUGUUUUUGAAGGUGGUUUUUCCUUUCCUCCUCCUCUUCCUCUUUCUCCUCCCUUUUCUCAAACUCCCUUAUUCAAGUUGAAAGAAUGAAAAUAAAACAUUUUAUUUACUGAGAAAAUACUUCUGUAGAAAAAUACAAUUCUCUCUCGCUCUAUUCUCUUUCCUUCCUCUGAACUCUGACCUCUGAACUCUGACCUCUGAAUGGUAUGUAGAGGACCUCUGAACCCUGUGUGUAUUCAGAUACAUUCUGCUGUCUUUGUCGUGUUUCCUGAGAACAGCUGCUCAGUUUGGAGUAGUGUAAACAUAUAGGUAAAGAUAUACGUGGUGACACAUCAUUAGACACAAGGAACUGUGGGACAAAAACACUGAGAGACUGAGACAUGUCUGUCUGUCUGUCUGUCUGUCUGUCUGUCUGUCUGUCUGUCUGUCUGUCUGUCUGUCUGUCUGUCUGUCUGUCUGUCUGUCUGUCUGUCUGUCUGCAGCUCCUCCAACAGAAGAGAGGAUUCUUGACCUCAUACCCAAAGAGAGAAAUGCUUGUUAACCUGUAGCAGGGUUGGGGGUCAAUUCCAUUUUAAAAUCGUCAAUUCAGAAAAUAAACCAAAAUUCUAAUUCCACAUGUUCCUAAUUGAAAAGCAUUAAAGAGAAUUAGCAUUCAGUGUACUUCCUGAGUUUGCUGGAAUAGAAAUGGAAUUGACCCCAACCCUGAUCUGUAGUAUGGCUUGUUUGAAGCCUCUGCUAGGCAUGGGAGGCCAUUUCACUGUCACUGAAAAUCUUUAGUUUUCUUCUUGUUUUUGAUCACAAACCAGAGAAGAUUGCUACUUUAAGCUAAUAACCAAAGAAAAACAAGAUUAACCAAUGAAAAGAAAGUAAAGAAUAAAAACUAUAACAUACACAGACAGCACAGAUACAAUAGUGGAACCAAAUGACCAAACUAAGGACAUACUGUAUAUCACAAGCACAUCCUGACAAAGCACAUCUCACAGAAUCAGGGAAACGUAAUUCCUUCUUUCUUUCUUUUAUCAUGUUAUCUAUCUAUCUAUCUAUCUAUCUAUCUAUCUAUCUAUCUAUCUAUCUAUCUAUCUAUCUAUCUAUCUAUCUAUCUAUCUAUCUAUUAUCUAUCUAUUGAAGCUGGUUCCGCUCUGAUCAAUCGAUGCCGCUCGCUAUAUCAACACAUUGUUUAAUGCUGUGGGACAAUAGCUAGAGCGUCAAGACAUGCCUUCGUCAGUAAAGAGGUAAAACCAAAUAGCCUAGUAACCUAGAGCGUUCGACACUGUCGGUCCUGGUCAGAGCCUCUUAACGAACCCUUCUCACGGAAGAGAGAUUGCACGAUGACUCUGAUUAAAUAUGAUGUUGCGACACAUUCGACAUUGAUUUAAGCUCACACAUAGUAUGAAUAAUUUAUUACCAGCAACGUUUUCUGGUGAAGGCGUUAUCUUUGCAAUCAGACGGAAACAUACCUGCUGGACUAUCCCCUGGUGGGUGGUUCUAGUUAAAUAGAGUCCUGGGAUCCCAAUCUGUAGACCAGUUCAACAUAUUACUCAGCACAAGGAGAUAUGUGGGUUAAACACAUAAUGUAGAACAGCAGAACGAGGCUAUAGGUGUUGGAGCACUGAUCUAAUCAUCAAUCACACAGUGGCUUUAUCUAGUGAUCUAGCACCCCGUCUUUCUUUUGAAGUGCACUUGUGUCUGACAUUGGAGAGUUUCUCCAUACUCACUAUUUCACUUUCUUUGUCCCUCUCUCUCUCUCUCUCCCUCUCUUUGUCCCUCCCUCCCUCUCUCUCUCCCUCCCUCUCUCUCCCUCCCUCUCUUUGUCCCUCCCUCCCCCUCUCUCUCUCUCUUUGUCCCUCUCUCUCACUCUCUCUCUUUCUCACUCCCUCUCUUUGUCCCUCCCUCCCUCUCUAUCUCUCUCUCUCCCUCUUUGUCCCUCUCUCCCUCUCUCUCUCUCCUUCUUUCUCCCUCCCUCCCUCACUCUCUCUUUCUCACUCCCUCUCUUUGUCCCUCCCUCCCUCCAUCUCUCUCUCC